ACUUAGCUUUGUUAAUCUAUUUACAGGGGACGCUUGCGAGCAGUUGGUUGACCACUGUGAAUCAGGCCCCUGUAUCCAGGGCAAGUGUAUCAAUUCUCUGAUGGGAUUUCUCUGUCAAUGUCCUUUCGGCGUCAGUGGGGUGCGCUGUGAGCAUGACAGCAUUGGCUUCGAGGAGCUGUCCUUCAUGGAGUUCCCACCACUGGAUCCCAGGAGUAAUCUGAUCUCUCUUGAAGUGGCCACUGUGCAGCAGAACUGCCUGCUCCUGUACAACACUGGGGGGGCCUCAUACCAGGACUUUAUAGCACUGGAGUUGGUGGAAGGGAGGGUUUGCCUUUCUUUUGACCUGGGAGCGGGCCCCGUGAGGCUGGAGACUGGGAAGAGAGUAGCGGACGGCCUUUUUCACAGCAUCACUGUCAAAAGGAUCGGCAAUAUUGGCUCCGUACUGGUGGAUGGAUGCACAGAUGUUGACCCUGAUAGAUUUUGCUCUUCUCAAAGUGAUGGCUUUGGUUCAGAAAGGAUACUGAAUGUUGGCAGUGGAAACAUGACGUUUGGGGGACUGAGGUCUAUUGGAGUUCUGUUAGUGCACCCUGGUCAGGUUCGAACCCAUGACUUUGUUGGGUGCGCACGAAACAUUCAUGUGAACGGCAGGGCCCUGACCCCCGACAUGGCCCUUGGAGCCCACAACAUCCUUCAGAGGUGUCCCAGGAAAAUUAUUCCACCAUGUCAAAGCAGUCCAUGCCAAAAUGGCGGCCUUUGCCAUGACCGUUGGUCUCACUCUGUUUGUGAGUGCAAAUCUCUUUACACAGGAAGCAACUGUGCCACAGAAAUAUCAGAGGACGUUGUGUUACACUUCAGUGGGAAAGACUACAUUGAAUGUGUCUUUAAGGAGCGAUAUAAGAGAGACAUCCUACUGAAAGAUCUGAAGUAUGAUGGGCUCCAUGAUGAAGUAACAAACAAAUACUCAACCCUCAUCGAGAUUAAAUUCAAGACUCGGAAUAAUGGAGUUCUCAUGUCUGUUAUUGGAAAUAAUGGAUAUACAAUGCUAAUGCUAAAGGACCAAAAACUGCAUUUCACGUUGGACACCACCUCAGGGUUUGCUGUGGAAGCCCCCGUAGCAGACGGACUCUGGCACAUCCUCUCUGUAAUAAGUGAUGGGCAGAACGCGGUGUUCUAUUUUGACGAACAAGCCAUCCUGAACACGACCAGAGGAAUUUAUAUCACCCCAGUCACUUUGGACAGAAUAGUCCUUGGGCGUGCGGUUCCACAAUUAAGAUCAAGGCUACAACUCUCAGGGUUCUCUGGGUGUGUGGAGUACUUCAAGGUGGCGGGCUACACCCUGCCAGGGAGCGGACACAGCGACAUGAUGGAGGUGAUACCGAGCCCCUCCCUGCUCCAGACCAGCUGUCCGUCCUCCUCCUCCUGCCUUGCUUCUCCCUGCCCUGCAGACAACUAUACCUGGCUGGGGGAUGAAGCCAUCUCCCCACAAAGCCCAGAAAAUGGCUGGUGGCAGGCUUGUGGAGCACCUGGCCAGGAGAGCACCUGGGCCUGCAUCUGUCUCCACAACUCCAGCAGCAGGUCAUGUGACGUCUGUACCUCAGCGAGGGACCGGGGAGAUGGAUGUUCCUCCGACCGAUGGAGCGCACCUCUGUGGGUUAUUGCCGUGCUGCUUCUGCUUCUCGCCGUGGCCGUGGUGAUAACUUUGUUUUAUACCCUGAGACACCUCAGAGCAAGACAGGAUGUGUGGUGGUGUCAAAAUAAAAGCUCCCCUCAGAGGACCACCACACAUGGUACAGAGAAUUACGUUUUUGCUUCUGAUGACGUUAUAUCUGUGAGGGUUGGCGAGACAAUGGAGGAACGCAGACCUCCGGACAUCAUAUUGAACGAGAAUCAGGGUUCAGGUGUGGGGGUGUACCAUGAAUCCGAUGCCAAAGUUGGACAGCGGCUCCCACAGGGAAGUGAACUGGACUACUAUGAAAUCGACAGUUACAGCAUCACUUUCCAUUCUGACACAGAUUCUCUGAAACGACGCGCGACAAAGCAUUGCGAUGGUCCGUGCUGCACAAGAGCUGAUCCGAGAGGAAGAGGUCGUGACAUUCAGCCCCUUUCGGAUUCUAAGAAAUCUCCCUUAAGCCACGGGAGAACCACAAAAUCUGAGCGGUUAUCACCAUCGCUACACCCUGAGCUGAGACCGUACGUGGAUACCUAUCAUUUGCUGCCCUGUCACCCACAGGGGCCAAAGCGAUCAGUGGGCCCAGGGCCCGUGCAAGCUCUCUCUGCAGAGGAGGUCCGUCAGUUGAAUGAUGCUCCCCAGCAGAUAGUGAGGCCAAGUACGAUCACACCCACUGCAGCAAAUGAUAUCUCAGCUGAUUGUGGAGCAGGAAGUGGUUCAGAGUUUGAGCACGGACAGCACGCUGUCACCGAGCACACAGACGUCACAGAUAGCAGGUUGGCUCCUGGGAGCCUGAUAUCAAAACAUCCAUGCAACUCUUCUCCCACCAGAGCUCCUGCAGAAUGGGAGAGUCUCCUGAAUACUUGUGUAAAAUUCAGUGCUUUCGCUGGUGUUUUUGAGGAUAUCGCCUCUCUUCCCAGUGAAAUCAAGUGUGAUACACACACUGACUUGGUAGAAUUUAUUUGACUCAUAUUGUCGGUUAUUGUAAUAUGGUUAUUGUGGAUUUCUGUGGAAUUGCAAAAACAUUUCUAAUGAAAGUCAAUAACCAAAUGUAAUAUUUGUUCUAAUCAAUCCUAUCAUUUUUCAACAAGUAUUGGUCAUCAAAACGAUAUUCGUUUAAUUCAGUAGUAGGCCUAAUCAUAGCCAGUGGUGGAUGUUCUUAUUUUUUCACUUGUAUCAUCUAGUUUAUUUUCAUUUUGCAUUGGCAACAAACGAUUUGCUUUGUUAAAAAAUAAAAUUGAAAUAACAGUUGAA